CGACAGCGGCCGAUAGGUUCCCAGUGGUUGCCAGGCAACGUUUGGUUUAGUGUAACUUAGCUAACUAUUAGACCUGUUUGAAAAAAAACAACGGGAGCUUCUUCUUUUGGGGGGAUUUUCUUGACGAAAGUAACUUUAAAGCUAUCUUAACACUUUGCUGGAAGUGUAGUUUCUCAGCCAUGUCUCUGGAAACACACGGAGUGCCUCAACUUGAGCUAGAGGCCGUUAUUGGAUUUAACGGUUACGUGUCUUCUGGUCUGAGAGUCGACCCGGACUCAGAGCACCUGAUCUACCCUCUGGGCUGCUCGGUUAUUCUGAAGAGAAUCAAAGGUGGCAAGCAGGAGAGCUUGCAUGGGCACUCCAACAACGUGUCCUGUGUUUCAGUGUCCAAAAGUGGGUCCUAUAUUGCCUCCGGAGAGGUCACCUUCCUGGGCUUCAAGGCUGUGAUUAUCAUCUGGGACUACGCACAGCGAAGUAUCUACGCCAAGCUGCAACUCCACAAGGCGAAGAUAGAAGCACUCGCCUUCUCCCCCAACGACAAGUACCUGGUAUCCCUCGGCGGUCAGGACGAUGGCAGGAUAGUGGUGUGGAAUAUUGAGACCAAGCAGGCCAUCUGUGGAAGCGCGGCUUCACCCGGGAUGGCCGGGGACUGCCUCACUGUGCAGUACUCAAACACAGACGACAACGUCUUUGUUUCUGCCGGGAGCGGAACAUUGAGAGUCUGGGAGCUGGACCGCGCCAACUGUAGAAUCCAGCCCACAGAGUGUCAGACAGGGAGGCUGAAGAGGAUUGUGAAAUGUGUACAGAUCUCAGAGGACGAUCAGUUUAUUUUCUGUGGCACCACCAGUGGAGACAUAAUGGAAAUCAACCUCAAGAUGGGGCGCCUGACCAACUGUGGUCCAACUGAAGGAAAAUACAGCAUGGGUGUCAAUGUCCUCAGGAUUCUGCAGUGUGGGGAUCUGCUCGUGGGUUCUGGAUCCGGGAUCCUCACUCUUUGUUCCGGGACUAACUUCAAAACUCUUAAGUGAGUCCCGCUGGAAAAGGGUGUCACCUCCCUCGCUAUUGGAGGAGAGGGCAAGCAGUUCCUCGUCGGGACGGAGGCCGCCCAGAUGUACCGCUUUGGUUGUGACUUUCGAAAGGAACUCAUUUCCACCAGCCACAACAGCGCCGUGAAGGACGGACUCAUAUGUUUUGGAACAUCUGAGUUGUUUGCAACCUGCUCUGACGACAUCCGGUUGUGGCACAGAGACAAUGAGCGGCUGCGCAUCAUCGUGCCCAACAUGACCUGCAACUCCCUGGACAUCAUGCUCGACGGACACAGCAUCAUCAGCGGGUGGAACGACGGCAAGAUCCGCGUGUUCGCGCCGGAAAGCGGCCGGCUCAUGCUUAUCAUUCACGACGCUCACCAGAGGGGCGUGACAGCCAUCGCUGGCACCAGGGACUGCAAGAGGAUCGUCAGCGGAGGCGGGGAUGGACAGGUCCGCAUUUGGGAGCUGCUUCCGCACGGCCACCGGCUAGUGGAGACCAUGAAAGCGCACACAGCCACCAUCAAUUGUAUCAAGAUCAAGAGUGACAGCAAACAGUGCGUCACUGCCAGCGCUGAUGGUGCCUGCAUCAUCUGGGACCUCGUGCGGUUCUUGAGUCUUCAAAUGGUGAUGACCAACACACGGCUCCGAGAUGUGUGCUACCACCCGGAGGAGUACCAGAUCAUCACCAGCGGGAGUGACAGAAAGGUGGCCUACUGGGACGUGUUUGAUGGGACCUUAAUCAGAGAGCUGGAGGGCUCGAAGUUCGGGUCCAUCAACGGCAUGCACAUCUCGCAGGACGGCAAGCACUUUGUGACAGGCGGAGAUGACAAGCUGGUAAAGGUGUGGGACUACAUGGCAGGUACGGUCACACACGUGGGAAUAGCUCACGGUGCCAGCAUCACCAGAGUCAAGAUCUGCUCCAAUAACCGCACCAUAAUCAGCACCAGCGCAGACGGAGCCAUCCUCCGGUGGAGGUUUCCUCAUCCUUCUCCCUCUUAAUUUGUGGAACACCACAUGUGAACUGCCCGGUGCGACUUCUACUCCAGGAACUCCACAUUCACACCCAAAUGUAUCUGACGUUCUUCCUUAAUCUAUUCUCUUAACAAUUGUUAUGAGAGUUCAACAGUCUUACAUGAAAAUAGUUAGUUAAUACUAGGACCAAAAAGGAAAUAAAUGCAUUUCAUUAAGCAUCA